CUCCUGUUAGGGUGCCUUCGCUUUUCCUUCUCAGGCUUCCUCGAGCUCGCCCUCCUCCGCAUUGCCCAGGCCGCUCUCUUCCACUGCAAAACCAACUCCCGUUCUCUGAGUUAAAGUACUAGCUCAAAGUUCAGAGGAUGAUAUCAAUAGCAUUUCUCUUAGGCAAUAUUUUUCGAGGGAUCAUUUUUUCUCUGCACUUCUCAAAGGAUGGUUCAUUGUCUAAAGUGCUUACCACCUCCAAUGGAUAUAUGCAUUCAUAGGCUAGUAGAAGCUGUUUCCGUGAAGGAGAUUGUACCAACCAUGCAAAUGGCUUCUUUUCCAAAACCUAGAUGUCUCUCUCUCUUACAGUGUAACACAAAAUCAAUAUGCUAUGUGAAGCAGCUUCAUGCCCAGUUCAUCACCCAUGGCCUUAAAUCACCUUCCAUUUUUGCCAAAUUGAUAGAGCACUAUUGUGCAGUAUCAUCUCCAGAUGGCAUGUACCAUGCCCAUAGAAUUUUCAACCAUUUUGGUCCGCCAAAUGUCUUCCUAUUGAAUACCCUGAUCCGAUGUGUUCAUCCCAGAGACUCAAUUUUCAUUUUCGCUAAUUGGGUCUCAACUGGAGACUUGGUUUUCGAUGAUCACACCUAUAUUUUUGUUCUUGGAGCUUGUGCUCGAUCAUCUAUGGUAUCGACAUUGUGGGUAGGGAAACAAAUGCAUGCUCAAAUAUCAAAAUGUGGUAGUUUGGCAAACAUUUUGGUGCAAACUACCAUUGUGCACUUCUAUGCAAGCAAUAAGGAUGUUGGCUCUGCACGGAGAGUGUUUGAUGAAAUGAACCUGAGAAGUAGUAUUACAUGGAAUGCCAUGAUAACAGGUUAUUGUUCGCAAAAAGAACCAAGAAGUAAUUAUGCCCGUGAUGCAUUGAUGUUGUUUUGCAGCAUGUUGGUUGAUGUUUCUGGGCCAAAACCAACUGAUACUACCAUGGCUUGUAUUCUUUCAGCAGCUUCUCAACUGGGUGUGCUAGAAACUGGUAUUUGUGUUCAUGGGUAUGUAGAGAAGACGAUCUAUGAGCCUGAAAAUGAUGUUUAUAUUGGCACAAGCCUUCUUGACAUGUACUCCAAAUGUGGGAGCCUUGAUCAUGCUUUAUCCCUGUUUAAGAGAAUGAAAGAAAAGAAUGUCUUGACUUGGACGGCAAUGAUGACUGGCCUGGCCAUCCAUGGGGAAGGCAAAGAAGCCUUGGAGUUUUUGGAUUCCAUGGAGGCUUAUGGCAUAAAACCUAAUUCAGUGACUUUCACUAGCUUGUUAUCUGCUUGCCGUCAUGCAGGGCUUGUUGAAGAGGGCCUUUGUUUGUUUCUUGACAUGGUGAGAAAAUUCAACAUCACUCCUCGCAUGCAACACUAUGGAUGCAUUGUUGACCUUCUUGGCCGAGCUGGGCGCUUGGAAGAAGCCUAUCAGUUUAUCACAGGUAUGCCUGUGGAACCUGAUGGCAUUUUGUGGAGGAGUUUGCUAAGUGCGUGCAGAGUUCAUGGGAAUGUCUCCUUGGGUGAGAAGGUCGGGAGGUUGCUUCUGCAGCUUCAGUCACAGCAGACUUCUACAGAUUUAACAGUUAGAUGUGAGGACUAUAUAUCACUGUCAAAUGUUUAUGCUUCUGCAGAAAAGUGGGAGGAUGUGGAGAUAGUGAGAAGGGCAAUGAAGGUCAAGGGGAUAGAAAUGAAGGCUGGUUGUAGUUCUGUGCCUUUUAGCAACUCUCUUGGAUGAUUUGUAGGGUUGGACCUCAAUGGAAGUCAACUAUAUGGAAGUGAAUGAAUUUGGUAGAGCUGAGAGGAAGUGCAACUGCAGCCAUUGGAAGUCACAUUCUCCUGAAUUUGGUUUUGAAGACACUGUUUAGAAGGGGCGACGCAUGUUUGAGUCAUUAGUUAUAGGCUUGGAAGGGAAAGAAGUUUUCCCUUGAUGCUCACCAUUCUUAACUCAAACAGCUGAUUAGAAGAUUUAAAAAAUUGCAAAUAGCCAGAGCAUACACAGCCUGAGGAGUUUGUAGAUGUCCUAAUGUCUGAUCAUGAAGAGUCCUGCGGACAAUGGGCACAUAGCUUGAUCCUGGCUCAGAGCCGAAGAGCAGCAGCAGCUGUGGUGGCACCAUAUUCCUCCUUCAACAGCAGCAGGAGCAGCGGCUUAGUACCAAAGGCCAGCAGUGGUGGCUUAGUCAGAACUUGACAGUGCUGCCACUCUUUGCAUUUGAAAUCUUUGGAACGUUGCUUUCAACUCUUAUCUGACAAAGGUGGGUUACCGCUAGAUCUGUUGGAGGGGAGCUAUGGGCCUGGAGAGGGAUUCGGGCAACAAAGUAAAAGAGGAAGGCUUUGUCUGCUGUUCCUCUUGCAAUUUUCUGGUGCGUAUGGAAAGAGAGAACAAAAGCGUUUUCAAAACAUUCAAACUCGAUGCUUCAAUUCAGCAAAGGGCAUUGCUUUGCUGUGGUUACUAGUUCGCAUAGUGGACUUGUAUUAAAUGAUUUCAAUGUGUUUUUUCGAUUUUUGUGACAUCUAACAGGGUGGUUGAUUUUAUUUUAUUUUUUGAUUACGUCGGGUUCCUCUGCUCCUUAUUAUGAAAAGCCAGCAACAGCAACAUUAGUUAACUGGUGCAGUAGCAGCCCAACAAAAAAGUCAGCCAACAGCAGCAUCAGUUAAACUCGUGCAGCAGCAACAGAAAAUCUGCUUGUAUUUUUUUUUAGUUAAUUAAUUUUUCUUUCUUCACCAGAUUCAUACA